UACAACAGGCAAGUAACAACUAACAAGCAGAGAGGACCAAAAAUGGCGGGAAUGGAACCCUCGCAAAACCCUAACGAAGAAGCAGCGCUGAAAAACUUAUGGCUGAUACACUACUCUCGAUUCUUUUGCUUUCCUCUCGCCAAAUCAAAGUCUGCCCAUCUCAUUCCUCUUACUAAAAGAUGCACAAGAAACAAUCCACAUGGCAAAUGGCUCUCUUCUUCUUCUUCUUCAACGGCCGUUCUGCAUCUUAACUGUAAUCAAACUGCUUGCGGGCCGGUCCUUAUCGUCUUGUUUCAAGGCAAAGUCUACGAAGAACACUACAUAUCCAGGUUGAUUUUCUCUUGGCCGCAAGUGGCGUGUCUUAGUGAAUGCCCUGUUAGAGGUAGCAGAGUUGUCUUUGCAAGUUACAAAGAUAGUUCAGGCCAGGUCCAAAAGUUCGCUAUGCAAUUUUCAUCAUCUUCUGAAUCACAAACAUUCAUAAAGUCCUUAAAGGAAGGUUUGAAAGGAACCAGAAGUGUUGGAUCAGAACUGACAUCUCCAUCUGAGAACUUAUCGAGGACUGCUACUUAUGAGAGGCGCACUGAGGAAUUGAGCAAUGUGACUGCAUUACAGCACUUAUCAAGUAAUGAAAGUGUGAAAAGCACAUGUCCGGAGAAACUGCUAUCCGUACACGGCUCAGAAGUACCUUCUACUCCCUUACCCUCUAGUUUCACCGCUCUUCUUUUUGACAAAUGCAACAAGACUGAAGAAGAACCAACAAAAGCACCUGAGGCACUUUGUCUUAAUACUCAAGCAGUGGGUUGUGCAACUGGUUCUCCUUUCUAUGAUAUGUUACGGAAACUAGAGACGGUCAUUCACGAACUAGGAGGAGACUUGUCACUGUGAUCACCGCUGGUCUUGCAGGAACCAUCAAAAUCAGCCUACGGUAUAUACCACAACAAGAUUUGUGAUGGAAGCCAUUUUUGUCCCUAGGUAUUGUCUAUAUCUUACUCUGACUGAAAUACUAAACAUUAGUGCUGCAAUCUUCAAUUACUAUAGUAACUGUUUAUUCUCACCUUUAUAGUUCAGUUGCACAAUUUGAUA